AAAUGAAAAAAAUAAGAGUUAGUAUUUUAUGCUAACAAAAGACAAGCUGAUUAAUUAGUAAGAAAUCAUGAAUCAAGGUGUGCGGCAAUGUUUUCCAGUCAGGAGGCCGUGGUCUUUGGUGAAGUGUUUGAUGUGGGCGUUAGUAAUUUUUGUGCAAAUCCAUGAGCACAAAGGUUGCUUGGAGGAAGAGAGGAUUGGUCUGUUACAACUGAAGGCAUUUCUGAAAUCCAAUGCUGAAAUUGGCAACCGUUUUCCCUCCUGGAUUGAAGACGCAGAUCAGAUAAGCAUGAGUGAUUGUUGUGGUUGGGAGCGAGUCUCAUGCAACUCCACCACAAGUCAUGUCGUCGGACUCUCCCUGUGCAAUAUCACCAAUACAAAUAAUUGGUUACUAAAUGUGUCCUUGUUUCGGCCCUUCAAGGAGCUAAUGAGUCUUGAUUUGUCAAGCAAUCGAAUAGGUGGUUGCAUAGCUAAUGAAGGUUUUGAAAGGCUAGCUGUAUUGAGAAGGUUGGAGGUAUUGAACCUCACUUCUAAUCGCUUUGGAGAUAGCAUUUUACCAUCCCUAACUCAACUUUCAUCCCUUACCACAUUGGCUCUUGCGUACAAUCAUCUAUCGGGAAAUUGGACAACAGCUGCAGAAUUAUUGGCGUUAGAAAACUUGGAGAGGUUGGAUUUAACUUGGAAUCGUCUCAGUACGGACGGCUCAACACCCAAAGAAUUCCAUGGUUUGUCUAAACCGAGCAAGUUAAAGCACUUAGAUUUAAGUUCCAAUAGCUUUGGGAAGCAAAUUUUCAGAGUUUUGGGCGCCCAGCUCCCAGCCCUCAAGUCUUUGAACCUAAGUUACAACUACAUGACGAUGGAAGGGCCCCUUUCUAUCAAAGAAAUGGCUAAUCUAAGCAACUUGGAGGUCUUGAUCUUGCGACGUAACCGACUUACUGGAAUCCAAGGUUUGGCAAAUUUAAGUAGGUUGGAGAUUUUAGAUAUAAGUGGAAAUCUCAUCACUGGGAGUAUUUCUCCAUAUUUUGGGACACUAUCUUCUGUGAAGGCUAUAUCGUUAGCUGACAAUAAUUUCAAUGAAUAUUUUCCUACACAAGAUUUGUGCAGAUUGAAGAAACUUGAAGAGUUUGAUAUUUCUGACAAUGACUUUGAAGGAAUCCUUCCUCGAUGCAUAAACAAUAUGUCAUCACUAAGAUUGUUUGAUAUAUCUGGUAAUCGUUUCAUUGGAAACUUGUCUUCAUCUCUGGUAGCCAGCUUGAAUCCCACCGCUAUUGAGUAUAUUGAUCUUAGUCAUAAUCUUUUUGAGGGUUUGUUCUCAUUCGGCUUAUUCACUAAUCAUUCCAAGCUUGAGGUGGUUCGAAUUAUGAGUGACAACAACAAAUUUGAGAUUGAAACUGAAAAUCCAGUCGGUUGGACCCCAUUAUUUCAGUUAACGACCCUAGUAUUGCAAAAUUGUAAUAUGAACAAGCUAACCAGCAGUAUUCCAAAGUUUCUCUUUGAUCAGCACAGAUUGGAAGUAGUUGAUUUCUCUCACAAUAAGUUGAAAGGAAGCUUCCCCUUUUGGUUGUUAGAAAACAAUACAAGGCUACGACUGCUAAAUCUUAGAAAUAAUUCUUUUGAGGGUCGAUUUUGUCUACAACUAGAGCACCAUAUUAAUGUUUCUUGGAUGGAUGUCUCAGGAAAUCAUUUAGAUGGGCAACUUCAAGAAAAUAUUGGAAAGGUAAUUCCAUAUUUAAAAGUUCUAAAUAUUUCCAGAAAUAAUUUUGAAGGCGAUCUUCCACCCUCAAUUGGUGACAUGAGUUAUUUGAAAAUAUUGGAUGUGUCCUUUAAUAGAUUCUCGGGGAAGGUACCAAAGGAAUUGGUUUCCAAAUGUAUCUACUUGGGUAUUUUGAAUUUACACAAUAAUAACUUGCAAAGUGAAAUCUUCUCGAAGCAUUUCAAGUUGCCAAUCUUAGUUAUUCUUCAAUUGAACAACAAUCAGUUCACAGGUACUCUAUCUAGCGUAUUAUUAACUCUCAGUGGCAUGAUGACGUUUGAUAUUGGGAACAACAUGAUGUCAGGUACAAUCCCCAGUUGGAUAGGAUACAUAAUAAUGGUUGGGGGAGCUCUUGUCAUGACGAAUAAUUCUUUUGAGGGUCACAUUCCAUGUGGAUUACAUUCAAGACUUUUAAUAGAUCUUUCUUAUAACUCACUUUCGGGACCUUUACCUUCUUGCUUGAAUGAACAGUCUAAUGUACUUUUGCAAGGGAACAAGCUUACAGGAUCUAUACCAAAAGCUCUUUUUAACUCAUCAUCUCUUGUGACAUUGGACGUUAGAGAAAACAACCUUUCCGGUACCAUUCCUAUUGAAAUCAGUACACUUUCUAACUUAAGAAUACUUUUGUUGGGAGGCAACAAUCUUAGUGGCAUGAUUCCAAACCAAGCAUGUUUGCUAAAGAAAAUAGGCAUAAUGGAUCUUUCAAGGAACUCCUUUUCUAGGACAAUACCGCCUUGUUUUCACAAUAUUACCUUUGGGAAGAUAAAUGCUACUAAUCUUUCCUUUCCACAAACUCAUGCUACUUAUACGAUAUGGUACAAGGAAGAAACUCCAAGAUAUGCAAGUCUUCUAGGGAAAUUCCUUUCGGGUGGCACUAUGGAUCUUGCAUUUGAUAAUCAAGUUGAGGUUGAGUUUGUUACGAAGUACAGGUCUAGAUCCUACAAGGGUGGCAUCCUUGAUUACAUGUCUGGAUUAGAUUUGUCGUGCAACAAACUAACAAGAGGAAUCCCAGUGGAACUUGGACAAUUAUCUUCAAUUCAUUCACUAAACUUGUCUUACAAUCAAUUGACAGGUUCGAUUCCAAAGGAAUUUUCGAGUUUGGAUUCGAUAGAAAGCUUGGACCUUUCUCACAAUAAUUUGAGUGGAGAAAUUCCUUCAACAUUGAUUGAUUUGAAUUUUAUGGCAAUAUUCAAUGUUGCAUACAAUAAUUUAUCUGGUAAAGUUCCUGAGAUGAAAAAUCAAUUUGGGACUUUUGAGAAUAGUAGCUAUGAAGGAAAUCCAUUUCUUUGUGGACCACCGCUGGAGAAUGGCUGUAGUACCAUAGUAGAAAAGUCAAAACCAAAAGCAAGUGAGAGGAAAUGGUACCAGGUAGAUCCUAUAGCCUUUUUUGCAAGCUUCUCAGUAUCUUACGUUAUUUUUUUUUCAAUGGUUGUUAGUAUCCUUUAUAUUAAUCCUUAUUGGAGGCAGAGGUGCUUCAAUUUGAUUGAGGAUCUCAUGUACUGGAGUUAUUUUACAGUUUUGACACCCCUAAAAAGGUUGUCAGUUCAACUAUGUCUACAUUAGAUUGAUAUCUCCCGUUUAAAUGGACAUCUUUAAAGGUAGUGAUGAUAUGUGGCUAGUUGUGUACAUGCAUAUGUAUUAAAUAUUGAUUAUCAAUAUUGUUGGUUGUGCUCUAAUAUUAUGAAUCAAGGAACUCACUCCCCUCUUUCAUCGA